AUGACGACGGUUCAAGCCAAGGUUGACCGUCGCAUCGCCGGACUCUACAGCACAUUCCAGUGCAUCAUCGGCCUCGCUGAAAAUGCGCAGGAGGCUUCAACCAGUAACACUUCGCGAGUGCUCGCAACGACGCGCCUGGAGCUUCUCGAAGCAGAAUGGAUACGGUUCAAAUCGGAACAUGCGGUCCUUCUCGACAUGAAUUGUGAAAAUCUACAGGAUCAGGCGUACUUCCGGGAGUCCGUAGAGGCUCAAUGCCUUCAGGCUUACGAGACGGCUAAAGUAGCCUAUCUCACGAUCAAGGAGCAUUACGACCGCACCGAACCUACCGGCGCCCUUCUCGCCGACGUCUCAGCUGCAGAGUGUCAGGCCGCUCUUCGUCGGUCCCUUCCAGAGAUUAAACUAAAAACAUUUUCCGGAGAGUUUUCAAAGUGGCGGGAAUUUCAUGACAUGUUCGUCUCCAUGGUGGGUGAGAACACAUACAUCACCUCCGUUGAGAAAAUGCAGUAUCUUCGAACUUCACUAAAGGGAGAAGCAGCUCAACUGGUGUCAAACCUUCCUAUUUCGGCCUCUUCGUUCGCAGCAGCUUGGGAUAUUCUCGUUGAACGGUAUGAGAACAAACGCCUCCUCAUCACGGCUCAGCUCGACUGUUUGCUCGGCAUCCCGAACAUAACCACUCGGUCCGGUAAAGCUCUCAACAACCUUCUCAACACAUUGUCUGAGGUCCUCCACGCCUUACAAGCGCUGGAGGUCCCCAUUCAAUCGUGGGACUGUAUCUUGGUUCACAUCGUCGCUUCAAAAUUGGAUCAACAUCUUCGUGAACAAUGGGAAGUCAAGCUCGGCGCUGCAAAAGAACCGGCAACUCUUCAACAACUUCGAGAUUUUCUCAACACUCGGGCUCGAGCUCUGGAGAGCAUCGAGAUUCGUGUGCCUCAGUAUUCUUCUCGGCAGUCUUCAACCGCAACGCCUUCACCGAAAACGGCCACUUCGCGAACUUCCUCUUCAUCGGGCGCCGUCAAGGCAUAUACAUCGCAGGUCCCUUCGAAGGGUACGAUCCCUACAACCGUGGAUCAUAAAGCCGCUAUGGCGUCCACGAAGCUCCUAAAUCCAGGCGGUUCGGCAACCCAGUGUUGUCAUUAUUGCCUCAGCCAGCACUUCAUCGCGAAGUGCCCCAAUUUUAAGCAGCGGACCCCUCAAGAACGUCGGACAAUCGCAGAACAGCGACGAUUGUGUUUCAACUGCCUCGGACCUCAUUCUGCAGUAAACUGCAAAGUAACCGGCCGCUGUGCCGAGUGCGGUGGCAAGCACCACACACUCAUUCACACCGGAUCAAUCUCGGCUACUCCUUCACCACCUGCCGGAGCUCCUCAUCUGAAACCAUCGGCAUCUUCGUCACCGAAUGAGCCUCAGGCUUGA